AGAGUUGAAACUGCGAGUCAGCAUUACCCCCGGGACCAUUCUGAUCAUCCUCACUGGGCGCCACAGGGGCCAGAGGGUGGUUUUCCUGAAGCAGCUGACUAGUGGCUUGUUACUUGUGACUGGACCUCUGGUCCUCAAUCGAGUUCCUUUGCGAAGAAUGCACCAGAAAUUUGUCAUUGCCACCUCAACCAAAAUUGAUAUCAGCAAUGUAAAAAUCCCAAAACAUCUUACUGAUGCUUACUUCAAGAAGAAGAAGCUGCAAAAGCCCAGACACCAGGAAGGUGAGAUCUUCAACGCAGAAAAAGAGAAAUACGAGAUUACAGAGCAGCGCAAGAUUGAUCAGAAAGCUGUGAACUCACAAAUUUUACCAAAUAUCAAAGCUAUUCCUCGGCUCCAGGGCUACCUGCGAUCUGUGUUUGUCCUGACAAAUGGAAUUUAUCCUCACAAAUUGGUAUUUUAAAUGUCCUAAUAAUCUAAUUAAAUAACUGA